GCCUCCAGCAACAAUGACUCCUGAAGAUAGUUCCAAGUCUCCUGGCUAUUCUAAAACUGGAUUAAAGAAUACAGGAAAGGGUUUUGAAUCAGAUCUGGAAGAUCCUGAUCAUGAAAGGAUAUUUGUAACUGCGAAGGAAUUCCAAGCCAUGGAGAAAGAACUAGAGGAUGUAAAAGAAGAACUGAAAUGCCUGAAGUGGAAAGUGAGACACAUUGGUGAGACUGUGCAGCCCUUGGCCGAAGACAGCAAGCGUUACAACGGCUAUACCCUGACGGAGCUCAAGGCAAUGGUGCAGUUUGAAGACGACCCUUACAAGGCUGCACACAAGAUCCUAACCGCGCUCUUCAGCGAUGUCUACUUGCUACAGCACUCAGUCACUGAACAGGCCUGCAACUCCCGAUCUCUGCCCAAGCCCAAAAUAGACCCAGAGCUGUACACGGUGUACUGUGACAUUCUGAAAAGCAUAUUCCCUGGAAUUAGCAGCCAGACCUUGAGGGAAGAGACACAACACGUGCAGAAAAGCAACCAGAAAGAAGUGCAAUAACACCAGAGCCCACAAGAUGUUCUGCAAAGUGAGAAGUCUCCAGUGAUUUUAGAGGGCUGAACUGUGGUACGUACCGUUGGUUGAGUCUAUCCCUUUUAGGUGUGAAUCAUCUGUAAAGAUAUUGGUGAGCUCUGAGCCCUUCAUGCCACUUGCCCAGUGAGACAGGGUGGGAAGGCAUUCUGCAUCCUUCCCACAUUUUAGAAAAAAAUUGCCCCUUUAAUGUCUCUUUCAAUCUAUGGACAUUUCUUUGUUUCCAGCAACUACAAAUGCUGACAAAAGAAUCCAGAGAAGGCAUUGUAUGUCCAAGCAAGGGCCUUUUCCCAGCCCCAAACAGACCAACCAACCAGCAUCUGGGUAGUUUCUAUUUUCUAGAGUAUAUCAUUCAUUAAAUGACAUUACUUGU